AGCUCGCCACGCGUGUGUCCGCUCGGAUCCCCUCUCCUCCUCCUCCUCUCUCUGCUCACAGUCGCCUUCCUCACCGAGCUGAACACCGGCCAAUGCUUCACACCACCCGUGCCCUGAGUGUCUGCCCCAUGCCUGGGAAGCACAACAAAACCAAGGGCUUCACCUGAGAGGAGCGAGGACACAGGGGGAGGGAAACCAUCGCGUUCGUUCAAACUUGGAUUUCUAAAAUUGAAAAAAUAAAUAAAUAAAUAAAUAAAAGACACAAGACAUCUCUCAUCGGACGAAAGGGCUCUGAUAUCCGAUCUGAUAUCUCUUAUAGGCAGACUGCUCAUAUGUCCACUGGUGCUGUCGCGCAACAAACCCUGAUUUUGACUAGACACCUAAAGAGAAAACUUUGUUCCUCUGCUGCCUUCUCAGGACAGACAGGAUCCAGCCAUGAACGAGUCGCUGGUGGUGAACGACUCCUCUGCGAGCCCUGUGGCCGGAGAGGCGCUCCCCUGGAUGGAGGCCGGCUCUCCAGAGCGCAACGGCAGCCUGGAGUUCUCCACCGCCCCGCUGGACUUCGCCAUCAACCCGUGGGACAUCAUGCUCUGCAUGUCGGGCACCGUCAUCGCCUGCGAGAACGCCAUCGUGGUGGCGAUCAUCUUCUACACCCCGACGCUCAGGACGCCCAUGUUUGUGCUGAUCGGGAGCCUGGCCACGGCGGACCUGCUGGCCGGCAUGGGAUUAAUCCUGAACUUUGUAUUCCAGUACGUGAUCUCCUCCGAGACCAUCAGCCUUAUCACGGUCGGCUUCCUGGUGGCCUCCUUCACCGCGUCCAUCAGCAGCCUCCUGGCCAUCACGGUGGACCGCUACUUCUCCCUGUACAACGCGCUGACGUACUUCUCGGAGAAGACGCUGCAGUACGUGCACCUGAUGCUGGUGGGGACCUGGGGGGUGUCCCUGUUCCUGGGCCUGCUGCCGGUGCUCGGCUGGAACUGCCUGGACGAGCCGGCCUCCUGCAGCAUCGUGCGCCCCCUGACCCGGAGCAACGUGACGCUCCUGGCCACGUCCUUCUUCGCCAUCUUCGUGCUCAUGCUCACGCUGUACUUCAAGAUCUGCAAGAUCGUGUGCCACCACGCGCACCAGAUCGCCCUGCAGCAGCACUUUUUCGCCACGUCGCACUACGUGGCCACCAAGAAGGGGGUCUCCACGCUAGCCAUCAUCUUGGGGACAUUCGGCGCCAGCUGGCUGCCCUUCGCCAUCUACUGCCUGGUGGGGGAGAAGGAGUACCCGUCGGUCUACACCUACGCCACGCUGCUGCCGGCCACCUACAACUCCAUGAUCAACCCCAUCAUCUACGCGUACAGGAACGCGGAGAUCCAGCGCUCCAUCUACAUGCUGCUCUGCGGCUGCUUUCAGGCCAACAAGGCCUACCGCUCCAGGUCACCAAGUGAAGUGUAAUGAGAGAAAAAAAAAGACACUAGGGCUCCUUUUGUGUGAAUGUGUGUGUGUGUGUGUGUGUGUGUGUGUGUGUGUGUGUGUGUGUGUGUGUGUGUGUGUGUGUGUGCGUGUGUGUGUGA